AUGCUUCACUUCAUUUAUAUUUUUAUUGUAUUUGCAGGACCUCUGGAAGCUGGACGUUCUGAGUCAAACAGUCGCAGCCAGAGCAGAGAACGGGGAGAGGAAAAUACUGACACCUCUGACAGCGAAAGCCUCCGUCCCCAAGUCAGACGUCUCAACCAGCAGCCACAGGUUUCCAGACCUGGGGAAAAAGGCUAUGACCCCAACAGGUAUCGACUUCAGUUUGAGAAAGAAAGCAAAGAUGAAAUUGAACGGAGGAAGAAAAUUGCCCAGGAAAAAAUCCUGGAACCUGUUUCAGAAACCGAACUGGAAGUUGAUAUAAUGAAGAUUUACAGACCUGGAUCAGUGUUAGACUUCCCAAAACGGCCAGCCUGGAAUUACGACAUGAGCAAAGAGGCUGUGCAAUUACAGGAGGAGAAGUCAUUUAGAGAUUAUCUCCAGAAGAUAUACGAGAGUCACAACCCUCGAGAUCUCAGCUACUUCGAACACAACCUGGAGACCUGGCGUCAGCUCUGGCGAGUUCUAGAGAUGUCAGACAUUGUCCUGCUGAUUACCGACAUCCGGCACCCGGUGCUGCAUUUCUCUCCAGCUCUGUAUGACUAUUUGACUGUGGACCUGGAAAGAUCUCUGAUCCUCGUUCUCAAUAAGACUGAUCUGGCUCCUCCAUCGCUAGUGGUGGCCUGGAAACAGUAUUUUCAGGAGAUGUUUCCUCAUGUCCAUGUUGUUUGCUUCACAUCUUACCCCAGACAUCCAGAGGAAGAGCAGGACCCCUCUGCAGUGUUUAAGAAACGUAGAAAGAAACGUCGAAUUUGGAGUUCAGCUUUGGGCCCCAAUCAGUUGCUCCAAGCUUGUGAGAUCAUCACAGCUGGAAAAGUUGAUCUUUCUAGCUGGAGAGAGAAAAUUGAGAGAGACACUGCAGCACUGUGCCGCCCUGCUAGCAAAGAAGGAGACAGACCAUGCAAAGAAUCUGAUGAUGGCGAUGCUGUUCUGGCCCAGCAAGUCACCGAUGCAGAAUUAGGAGCCCCCAGCACAGAGCGCUACAAGGAUGGCGUGCUGAGCAUCGGCUGUGUAGGAUUCCCAAAUGUAGGGAAGUCAUCGUUAAUCAAUGGCCUUGUGGGCAGGAAGAUUGUCAGUGUUUCUCGAACCCCCGGUCACACCAAAUACUUCCAGACCUAUUAUCUGACGCCCACAGUACGCCUUUGUGAUUGCCCUGGCCUCAUCUUCCCAUCGCUGAUAGAUAAGCAACAGCAGCUACUUGCUGGUAUAUACCCGAUUGCACAAAUUCAAGAACCUUAUACCUCUGUGGGCUACCUGUCUUGCCGAAUACCUGUUCCCAGACUCCUCAAACUGACUCAUCCAGAAAGAGGCGAGCAGGGUUGGACAGCAUGGUACAUCUGUGAAGCCUGGGCUGAAAAGCGUGGAUAUAAGACUUCAAAAGCCGCACGCAAUGAUACCUACCGAGCUGCCAACAGUUUGCUACGCCUUGCCGUGGAUGGACGACUUUGUUUAUGCAUGAGGCCUCCAGGCUACUCACGUCGCAAAGGUAUUUUCAGGAUUUCCUUCUGUUUUCAGUCAAUGAAGUUACUUGUUUUACAGUUAGUUUUCAUUUCGUUUUCCCCUGUGAAGCCUGACUGA